ACACACAGGGAGCACAGAGCCAUAUGCAGGGAGGGUCCCAAACAGACUCUUUCCUCACAGCCCUCGGGAGGAGCCAACUCUGCUGACACCUUCGUCUGAACCUUUUUGCCUCCACAACCGACUUGAUCUAUCUCUCAGCAAAUCAUUGGAUUUCAGCAUGAUUUCUUCUCAGCUGCUCGCUUAUGUGGCAGUUUUGGUUUUCUGCACCUUCCAAGCCCGCUCCCUGGAGACCUUUAUUGCAGCUGUUUACGAGCACGCAGUGAUAUUGCCCAAUGCCACCCUAACGCCAGUGUCCCGGGAAGAGGCAUUGCUAUUAAUGAACCGCAAUCUGGAUCUUCUGGAGGGAGCAAUCGCCUCAGCAGCCAAGCAGGGUGCGCACAUCAUCGUGACUCCAGAAGAUGGUGUUUACGGCUGGAACUUCAGCAGGGACACGCUCUAUCCGUACUUGGAGGACAUCCCAGACCCUGAAGUGAACUGGAUCCCUUGCAACAAUCCCCACAGAUUUGGCCACACUCCAGUCCAAGAGAGGCUCAGCUGCCUGGCCAAGGACAACUCUAUCUACAUUGUGGCAAAUUUCGGGGACAAGAAGCCAUGCAAUGCCAGUGACCCUGAGUGCCCCCCUGAUGGCCGUUACCAGUACAACACUGAUGUGGUGUUUGAUGCUCAGGGAAAACUUGUGGCACGCUACCAUAAGCAAAACCUUUUCAUGGGUGAAGAUCAAUUCAAUGCACCCAAGGAGCCUGAGGUCGUGACUUUCAACACCACCUUUGGAAAGUUUGGCAUUUUCACGUGCUUCGAUAUUCUCUUCUACGACCCUGCUGUUACCCUGGUGACAGAUUUCCAAGUGGACACCAUCCUCUUCCCGACAGCCUGGAUGAAUGUUUUGCCACAUUUGUCAGCUAUUGAAUUUCACUCGGCUUGGGCUAUGGGCAUGGGGGUCAAUUUCCUUGCAUCCAAUAUACAUUACCCCUCAAUGAAAAUGACAGGAAGCGGCAUCUAUGCUCCUGAUUCUCCAAGAGCAUUUCAUUAUGAUAUGAAGACGGAGGAGGGAAAACUACUCCUCUCACAGCUGGACUCCCACCCGCACCACCCAGCAGUGGUGAACUGGACUUCUUUUGCCAGUGGUGUGAAAACACUCUCAACGGGAAACCAGGAAUUUAACAGCACUGUCUUUUUUGAUGAAUUCACCUUCCUGGAGCUCACCGAAGUCACAGGAAAUUACACAGUUUGUCAGAAAGCUCUCUGCUGUCACCUAAGCUACAAGAUGUCUGAGAAGAGAUCAGAUGAAGUGUACGCCCUAGGGGCAUUUGAUGGCUUACAUACUGUUGAAGGGAGUUAUUAUUUACAGGUUUGCACUCUGUUGAAGUGUAGAACCACGGACUUACACACUUGUGGUGACUCGGUGGAAACUGCUUCCACUAGGUUCGAUACGUUCUCCCUCAGUGGCACUUUUGGGACCCAGCAUGUCUUCCCUGAGGUGCUGCUGAGUGAAAUUCAGCUCGCACCUGGAGAAUUCCAGGUGUCAAGUGAUGGACGCUUGUUCAGUCUGCAGCCCCCCUCGGGACCUGUCCUGACAGUGACUCUUUAUGGGAGGCUGUACGAGAAGGACCAGGUAUCCGACGCCUCAUCAGACCUCACAGCACGAGCACUGAGAGUAAUGCUCAUAGUUCUAAUACCUAUUGGGUUCUCAUUAAGUUGGUAGAAUAUUUACAUUUUCUCUCUUUUAUUUUGGAUAAUUUAAAAAAUGAUGGAUAAGAAAAGAAAGAUGGGUCUAGGCUCCUGAUGAAAGUGGUUGUGGCCUCUGGCAUAAGUGAAUUACUAAUAUAUAUUUUUCUUUAUUUAGACACACACACACACACACACACACACACACACACACCAGACAAUGUGAGCUGGAUAAAUAGUGGUAACAUUUUGAAAGGUAAAAUCUAUAAAAUGAGAAUAACAAUUGUACCCGCCUUCGAGGGCUUUGUUCUUGAGAAUUAAGUGAGUCAAUACAUUUAAAGUGCUUGGUCAAGCUCCUGGCUUGUGGAAAGCACUGUAUAUGUGUUACCUAUUACAACAAUAUGUGACUGUCACAGUGAAUCCAACUGGGAUGUAUUUACUGCUGAAAUUACAUCCCCUCUGGUUGUUGAAAGUGCAGACAUUCAACAGUGGUUCAGCCGCCCUUCAUACGUCAAUUAGAAAAUCAAUGAAUGCAACACCAGUGGGUCGCUUUGGCCUGAUGUCUAGCACCAAGGCAUCCCAAAAGGCAGCUGGGAUUGCGUCUGGGCACCUUCUAGAGGACCUUCACAUUUUGUGUGUUUUUCAGUGGGAUUUACCACCUGUUUAGGGCUUUGCCUAUCUUGUCAGCCUGUAAGCGUAUUUACAGGGGGGCUCUAAAGCAGACAUUUACCAAAUCUGGCCUGUUAAUUGUUUUCAUAUGGCCUGUACACUAAGAAAGGUUUUUACGUUUCUAAAUGGUUGAAAAAGAAAAUCAAUAGAAUAACAUUUUGUAACACAUGAAAAUUAUGUGAAAUUCAAGCCUCCAUGCCUAAAGUUUUAUUGAACGCAGCCACGUUGACUUGUUUGGGCACUGUUGAUGAUUGUUGUCAUGCUGCAAUAGCAGAGUUGAAUAGCUGUGACGUAAACCAUAUGGGCAGAAAAGCCGAAAAUAUUUACUUCCUAGCCCUUUACAGAAAAAGAUUGCUACCCGUGCUCUAAAGCAUUAAAUAACAACGGAUUUUAGCACUGGAAACCUUAAAUACAAGUGAGCGGGCAAUGUGCCCUUGAGUAUCUUUCCUAUAAUUCUUCCACACAAGCAUAUAUAAAAUAUUUUUAUUUGCUUUGUAUUAUAUUACCAUCACACAAAAAAAGAUUACCUUGAUUAACUUAAGACCAAAUACACUAAAUGGACUAAUACACUAAACAGGAGAAUGUGGUUUUUAUAAAUGUGAUUGGUAUCUAUUCCCCGUAAGAUACCACACCAGAAAGUCUUUUGUUGCAUUUGGUGUAUUCUAAAAUUCCUGACAGAAAUCAUAUGAGUUUUUGUCUUCAAAGUUUUCCUGGAGAUCGACUAAGAACUGCUCUUAUGAAUACACUGUCUGAUAUUUUCCCCUGUGACAAACUUACUAACUUAGAAUUUCUCUUAAAAUUGAUUUUUCUUAAAACUCAACAUUGCAGCCGUGAAUUUACUUUUUAAAAAAUGGCAUUUACUACAUCCAUACCCAGCUCUGAUCAUUUUUUAAAUCUAGAUUUCUUUAAUGCAUACAUGUGUAUUUUAUGCUAAUUUCGAUGUGCUUUUUAACUGUAAUUUUUGUUACUUCUGCAUAAAACAUUUGGAAUGCUUCUUUGAUACAAACAACCAAAUUCCAAGAAAGACCAAUGCUCAAACACAGUUUUUUUCAUCUAUCUUUUUCUGCCUCAAUGAAUUUGAAUGGUCUAGCAAGCAAUUUUGACACUUCCUGGUUUGCAGAUACAAUUUAUGUUACCAACUUCAUGAUGAUGUAACAUGCACACCUACAUGUAUAUUCACUGUGGCAACCAGCUUACAAGGGAGCCCCCAGUGAGCCCCACUUCCAGGCUCCAAGGCCAGAUUCUCCAUGAUUAACGAUUCUGCUACUAUUAGCCUUGUCACCUAUAUAAGUCUGAAUCCAUUACCACUUUUAUUAUAACACAGAUCCUUAUUCAGUUCUGUUUAAGAGUUCCAAUGAUUUUACUUAUUUGCUUUGUUAGUUCUUUACCUAAAGAAUACAUUUCAGUUCUCUUAAGGCCUGAAUUGUGUCCCUCCAAAUUCAUAUGUUGAAAUCCUAACCCCAUACGUCAGAAUGUGACUGUAUUGGGAGAAAAGGUUGUUAAAGAUGUACAGUGAGGUCAUUAGGGUGGGCCUUAAUCCAAUAUGGCUGGUACUCUUAUAGGGCAGAUUAGGAGAUUAGGACGUAGACAUGCACAGAGUGAAGACCAUGUGAAGACACAGAGGAAGAUGGCCAUCUGCAAGGCAAAGAGGGAGGCGCUCAGAAGCAACCAACCCCGCUGACACUGUGAUUUGGACCUCUAGCCUCCAGAAUUGUGAGAAAAUAAAUUUCUGCUGUUCAA